AUGCCUGCAGCAGUGAACGGCACACUGCCGCACCCUCUCGAUCCCCUCACUUCGGCUGAGAUCGAGCAAGCCAUCGCCGCCGUCCAAAAGGCACACGGCGAAUUGUUCUACAAUGUCGUCUCACUCCAUGAGCCCCGAAAGGCCGAGAUGACCGCCUGGCUAGCCGACCCUGCCAGCGCCCCUCGGCCUGCGAGGAUCGCCGACGUCGUCGUCAUCGCCAAGGGCGGCAAGGUCUACGAGGGUUUCGUGGACCUGGUCGAAGACAAGAUCACUCACUGGGAUCUCCUCGACGGCGUGCAGCCAAUCCUCGUAGCCGUUGAGCACAUCUGUCGCAAGGACCCCAAGGUCAUUGAGCAGUGCGAGAUCUCCGGCAUCCCCAAGGAAGAGAUGCACAAGGUGUACUGCGACCCCUGGACCAUCGGUUACGAUGAGCGUCACGGCAACGUCGUGCGCCUGCAGCAGGCCCUCAUGUACUACCGCCCUGACGUCGACACGUGCCAGUACCAGUAUCCUCUCGACUUCUGCCCCAUCUACGAUGCCGACAAGCAAGAGAUUGUCGAUAUCGACAUCCCCAAGAUCCGUCGGCCUAUUAGCAAGACGAAGCCUGUCGACUACCAUCCCGCUGCUAUUGAGAAGAAUGGCGGGUACCGGAAUGAUAUCAAGCCCAUCAAUAUCACACAACCAGAGGGCGUGUCGUUCAAGAUCGAGGGCAGGGAGCUGGAGUGGCAGAACUGGAAGUUCCACAUUGGCUUCAACUACAGGGAGGGUAUUGUGCUCAAUAACAUCACCUACAACGACAAGGGCAAUGUGAGACCUAUCUUUUACCGACUUUCGCUCGCCGAGAUGGUCGUCCCCUACGGCAACCCGGAGCAUCCCCAUCAAAGAAAGCACGCUUUUGAUCUCGGCGAGUACGGCGCGGGCUACAUGACGAAUGCGUUGACACUGGGCUGCGACUGCAAGGGGUCUAUCCAUUACCUCGAUGCCGAGUUUCCCACGCGUGCUGGCGGUGUCCGUACGAUCAAGAACGCUAUUUGCAUCCAUGAAGAGGAUAGUGGAAUUUUGUUCAAGCACAGUGAUUUCCGUGAUGACUCGGUCAUCGUGACCCGGGCGCGGAAGCUCAUUGUGCAGCAGAUCUUCACUGCCGCUAACUAUGAGUAUGCAAUUCAGUGGAUUUUCCAUCAAGACGGUACCAUCCAGCCGGAGAUCAAGCUCACAGGCAUUCUCAACACAUAUGCCAUGAACGAGGGCGAAGAUACUAAGGGCUGGGGCACCCAGGUGUUCCCUGGCGUCAACGCCCACAACCACCAGCACCUAUUCUGCCUGCGCGUCGAUCCCAAUAUUGACGGUCCGCGCAACACAGUCUUCCAGGUCGACACGGUGGCUUCUGACGCCCCCGUUGGCAGUCCUGAGAACUUCUAUGGUAAUGCCUUUGGGGCCCGUCGCACCAAGCUUGACACCACAGGCAAUUCGAAGACGGACUACAAUGGUGCGACAUCACGCACGUGGGAGAUGGCCAACACAAGCAAGCUGCACCCUUACAGUGGAAAGCCUGCCAGCUACAAGCUGGUUAGCCGCGAGGUGCCGGGACUGCUGCCCAAAGAGGGCUCCCUUGUUUGGAAGCGUGCAGGCUUCGCCCGCCACGCGGUGCACGUCACAAAAUACCGCGACGAUCAACUGUGGCCCGCAGGCCGCCAUGUGCCACAGACUUCAGGCGAACCGUCGCGUGGCAUUCCCGAAUGGAUCGGCGACGGUACCGAAUCCAUCGAGGACGAGGACGUCGUACUCUGGCACACGUUCGGUGUGACCCAUAUCCCAGCGCCCGAGGACUUCCCUGUCAUGCCAGUCGAGCCGAUCACGCUACUGCUGCGGCCGCGCAACUUCUUCCGGAACAAUCCCGUUCUCGACGUGCCACCGAGCUAUGCAAGCACGCCGUCGCAAGUUGCUGCGGGCAAGGGAGCCCUCGACGCGGCGGACAAGGAGAGUACGCUUGCGUUCAGAGAGUGCUGCUCGAAUGGGACCAAUGGACAAGCAAAUGGUACUAAUGGACAUGCGAACGGGACCAAUGGGUCGUCUUGA